AGAACUGCAAGAGAUGCUGUUUUUCGACCUUGUGUUAGCUAAGACUAGAAUGCAGACUGUAGCAGAAAUUGCUGAGAAAAAGGAAGAUCUCAGAAAGGAAGAUGUAUAAACAAAAUGCAGUUGUUGAUCAUUACUGUAUGGAACAAAAGACGCUGUCCAUCUUUCGGUGUCUGGGGAGCUGGCCGCUGUGAAGGAGUCUCACAGUAAAAUGCAAGAGGAGAUCACGGCGUUACAGAAAAGAGCGUUCUUGGUGAAGAACUGCACAAUGUCCCGGGUAUACUGGUUGGGGCUGAGUGACCAGAAAGUGGAAAAUCAAUGGCUCUGGGUGGAUGGCUCCCCUCUGAAACUCAGCUUCUGGAGCACCAGGGAGCCCAAUGACUCCAACAACGAGGACUGUGGCACCAUGGCGAUUGACGGGCGCUGGAAUGACAUAAACAUACCUGUGGACAUACACCUUUCUCAAAUUCAUCUUUCAUGGUAUUUCUACAUUUAUUAACCCUUUAGACUCCAGGUUCAACACCCUUAUGUCACUUUUUGUUCUUGCAAAGCAGUCUGGCCCUCUUCUAUUGGGUCACACCCUUUUCUUAAU